CCGGCUGUAGGCGCCCCCGCUCGCGUCAUGGGCUCGGACUGCUGGGUGGGCCCUUGGCGGCCACACCGGCCCCGUGGCCCCAUCGCGGCGCUCUAUAGAGGACCCGGGCCCAAAUACAAGCUGCCGCCGAACACCGGCUACAUCCUGCACGACCCCUCGCGGCCCCGCGCCCCYGCCUACACCUUCGGUGCGCGCUUCCCCACGCAGCAGUCAACCUGCGGCCCCGGGCCCAGCCACCUGGUGCCCUCCCGCAUGACCGUGCGCGGCCCGGACAGCGCCCCCGCCUACUCCAUCUGUGGCCGCCUGCGGCACUCUGCGCCCUUCCGCACUCCCGGACCGGGGAGGUAUUUCCCAGAACGAGCCGGGAAUGCGACGUACCCCAGUGCGCCUCGACAUACCAUUGCUUCCCGAAACUGGGGGGUCCACGCGGAGCCGCAGAGUCCAGGUCCCGGCGCCUACACGGUGCCCUCGCUCUUGGGCCCGCGCGUCAUCGGCAAAGUCUCGGCCCCAACUUAUUCCAUCUACGGCCGCACCAGAGUGGGCAGCUGCUUUGAAGACCUCAGCAAGACGCCGGGCCCCUGCGCCUACCACGUGGUGAACCCCGGGGUCUACAAGACCCGGGCCCCCCAGUUCACGAUGCUGGCACGGACUUCGUUCCCCCAAGACAGCACCCUGAAGCCCGGACCCGCAGCCUACAACGUGGACCAGCACCGGAAGCCUCGCGGCUGGACCUUCGGGAUCCGGCAUUCGGACUACCUGGCCCCAAUGGUGACCAACGUGGACGACUGACCCGCGGGCGGGGUGGGGGCACAGGCCCACCGCAGUGCGCUUAAAGCUUCCGGAGUCAGCCACGUGUCCGCCUCUCUC